GGGAUCGGACACCUAAACCAUGUGGGCCCUUUAAAUGUAAAUAAGAAGAGAACUCCACAGUGAUUACUGAAGUUCUCCGAUCGGACGAGCAGUCAUUUGUCAUCAACGACGAUCCGUUGGAAAAGCAAUGAAAUAUGUUUAUUGGAAAGGAGAACCAGCAUAAUGUCCUCAGUGGCAUUUCAUUCACCAUAUAUAGUGCAGAAGAUAUCCAGCGGUUGAGCGUCCGCGAAAUUACCAACCCGAAGCUGUUUGAUGAUCUAUCUCAUGCAACAUCCGGUGGACUGUAUGAUCCUGUUUUUGGUCCGACUGAGAGAGAUGAUGUUUGUGGUACUUGUGGCCAGAGUUCUCUCCACUGCCCUGGUCACAUGGGCCACAUUGUGCUGCCACUACCAGUCUAUAACGCGGUGCUCUUCAAGGUCUUACUCAGGAUUUUGAAGUUGACAUGUUUUCACUGCCAUCGUGUGCGUGCAGAGACUCUCAAUGUUGAGCUUCUUGCGUCCAACCUCAAGUUGUUGGAACGAGGCCUUGUUCAUCAUCUGCAGGCUGUGGCAGACAUCGGGUCGGAACUUGCUGCAAUCCAAAAAUGUCCGGAUGAUUUGAUCAUAGCUAAAUUUAGAGAAUAUUUGGAAAGUGCAAUGGCGGAUUCAGGCAAGAGUGUCCGUGGUAACUAUGUCAUGGCAAAGAAUGUCGUAGAAUUAAGGCAGGAUAUGAUAAAUGAGUUUACAAAAGAGCAUAUGAAAGAGUCGACCCCUUGUCCCCACUGCAAGGCACCAGCCCGACGGCUACGCUCGGCCCAACAGAGCAAAAUUUUCUUCAGUACAGAUGUAAGCAAGACGAAGCAAAAGCAGUACAGACAAUCACAAGAAACAAAGAAAGCAAAGCGCAAACAAAUCAGGGCGGGCGAUGAUGACCCUGAAGUGACCGAAGAAGAUGAUGAUAUUGAUUCGCUGAAGGACUCCAUGGAUGCAGAACUGACUGGCCAGGUUUAUCUGACACCAGUGCGAAUUCGCGAACAUUUGGCACUAGUCUGGAAACACGACAGCACCUUAUUGCAGUACUUGUUUGGUGCACUGAAGGCGAUAGCACAUCAGAGAGCGUGCCCAACGGAUGUCUUCUUCAUCGACUGUGUGCCUGUGCCUGCUUCAAAGUACCGGCCAAUUGCUUCAAUGGGUGACAAGAAGUAUGAGAAUCGACAGACGGCUAAUCUCUCAAGAGUUUUACAGAGCAGUAUCCUUCUUCGGGAACUCAUAGCCCAACGCGCCAAGGGGGAGUUGGAGAACGGAUUGACAGAUCUUGAUGCGCCAAAGAAAGGGAGUUCCACUGAGAAGCUUCAGAGCGCCUGGAUCAGGUUGCAGACGCAGGUCAACUGUAUCGUAGACAGCGACCUUGACAAGUUUUCCAAAGAUGCUAUGCCAGGAAUAAAACAGCUUCUUGAGAAAAAGGAGGGACUCUUUCGAAAGAAUAUGAUGGGGAAACGUGUCGACUUUGCUGCCAGAUCUGUGAUAUCACCUGACCCCUACAUCAACACAGAUGAAGUGGGCAUUCCUGAUGUCUUUGCCAAGAAGCUGACUUAUCCGGAGGUGGUCACCCCUUGGAAUGUCCAGGAGCUCGCUGAAGCAGUCUGCAAUGGGCCCGAGAAGCACCCUGGCGCCGUCUUCGUAAUUCAGGAAGAUGGAAAUAAAGUGAUGCUUCAUAAAGAUAGUCUGACUCGACGACAAGCAGUCGCUAAUCAGUUACUCAAACCUAAGUUGUCAGCUGAUGGGAGGCCCAUUCUUGGUCACAAGAAGGUACUGCGUCAUUUGAAGAACGGUGAUGUGCUGUUGAUGAAUAGACAGCCUACUCUACACAGGCCUAGUAUACAGGCGCACAAGGCUCGAGUUUUGACCGGUGAGAAGACGCUACGUCUGCACUAUGCUAACUGUAAGGCAUACAAUGCAGAUUUUGAUGGUGAUGAAAUGAAUGCUCACUUCCCACAGAACGAAUUGGGUAGAGCUGAGGCAUAUCACAUAGUGAGCACCAACUAUCAGUAUCUCGUGCCAAAGGAUGGAACACCCCUUGCUGGUCUCAUUCAGGAUCAUAUGAUAUCUGGUGUACUACUCACCAUGAGAGGACGUUUCUUCGGCAAGCAUGACUACCAGCAGCUUGUCUACAGUACUUUGACGCACAGUCAGCAUCCUGUGAAGACGCUGCGACCUGCACUCAUUAAGCCAUCAGCGUUGUGGUCAGGAAAACAGGUCAUUUCGACAGUUCUGUUAAACUUGAUCCCCGAUGGAAAACCUGCGAUAAAUCUGGACGGAAAGGCGAAAAUCCCUGGCAAGAGCUGGAACACAGGGAAAAGUCGCAAUUGGGCUGCAGGUGGUUCACCCUUGAAUGGCUUGGAUAUGAGCGAGAGUGAAGUGAUUAUUCGACAGGGAGAGCUGCUUGUCGGUGUCCUGGACAAGGCUCAUUACGGUGCCACCCCCUACAGUUUAGUUCACUGCUUUUAUGAGCUCUAUGGCCCUCAAGUAGCUGGUAAACUGCUAACUGCUCUUGCAAGAGUCUUCACCAUAUUUCUGCAGUACCAUGGGUUCUCCUUAGGAGUUGAAGAUAUUCUGUGUACACCAAAGGCAGAUCAGAGUAGGCGCAAGGUGAUGGAAGAUGGAGCACAGUCUGGUCCAGCUGCUUCAGCUAAAGCAUUCAAGCUUGACGACGACAGUGAUGGAGAGCUGAUAGUCAGGAGGUACCACAUGGCACACUUCAAUAAGGACGACUCCGAACUGAAGGAGCUUGACCAUGCCAUGAAGGGAUUCACGGAUGAGUGUCAGAACCAGAUCACCAAAGCUUGUAUGCCGACUGGUCUCCACAAGAUGUUUCCCAAGAACAAUCUGCAGUUGAUGGUUCAGUCAGGAGCGAAAGGUUCAACUGUCAACACCAUGCAGAUCUCCUGCUUGCUCGGACAAAUCGAGUUGGAAGGUCGCCGUCCCCCUCUGAUGAUGAGUGGGCGAGGUCUGCCGUCGUUUCGUCCGUAUGAUGUCACACCGAGAGCCGGCGGAUUCGUUGAUGGUCGUUUCUUGACAGGUAUCCGACCGCAGGAGUACUUCUUUCAUUGCAUGGCAGGAAGAGAGGGUCUGAUUGAUACUGCCGUGAAGACAAGUCGAAGUGGAUACCUGCAGAGGUGUAUAAUCAAACAUUUGGAGGGUAUACAGGUGGCUUAUGAUCUGACGGUCAGAGACAGCGACGGAAGCAUAGUACAGUUCAGUUAUGGCAAUGACAGCCUCGAUGUGCCAUCCACUCAGUUCUUGAAUGAGAAGCAGUUCCCAUUCCUGAUACAAAACGAGCAGUGCCUUUUUGACAAGGAACAAAUACAAAUGGUCAACAAGAAGUUGGACACAGAAUCUGCUAUACAGCAUAGGAAAAAGCUAAAGAAAGAACAUAAGAACAACCGAAAGCAUCCAGCAAAACCCUUCCAGCAGUAUUGUAUAAAGAGAGGAGAGGAACCAGACUUCUCUGACAGCUCCAAUGGCAGAUGUCAGUCGGCAUUAGACCUGGCUGAGUCGUGGAGGAAUUUAGGUGAAUCGAAGAAAAAAAAGUACAUUGAUGAUUCGAAGACACUCGAGCCUACUUUGUCCAAGUUUCGCCCAGAUCGUUACUUUGGUGCUAUAUCUGACAGGCUUGAUGGAAUCAUCGAUAGUUAUAUAACGUCAAAUCCUGACAAGUUGUUAAAGAGUAAGCAUAAUCCGAAAGGCACCAUGGAUGCCGACCGAUUUCAAACGCUUCUGAAUCUCCGCAUCAGUCAAUCGGUAGCAGAGCCUGGACAAGCGGUUGGACUCCUAGCUGCGCAGUCGAUUGGCGAGCCGAGUACGCAGAUGACGCUGAACACUUUCCACUUUGCUGGACGUGGUGAAAUGAACGUGACGCUCGGUAUUCCUCGUCUUCGGGAGAUCCUCAUGAUAGCUAGCGCAUCGAUCAAAACACCGGCCAUGGAGAUACCGGUGUUGCCACAUGUCAGUCAAAAGGAGGCUCAUACUCUUCAGAAGAAGUUGACAAAGGUCACCCUGGCAGAUGUCUUAGAAGACAUGGAAGUUUCUGAAUAUUUGAGCAUCAAGAGCAGAAUUGAUCGAUCCCGUGUGUACAAAAUUCGCCUCAAUUGCCUUCCGCCUGAUAACUAUGACGAGAAGUUCUAUGUGACCCCAGCCGAAAUCUUGCACUGCAUAGAGAAAGUCUGCAUUAAGGAGUUCAUUACUGCCAUAAAGAAAAAAUGUGAUGCGAUCAAGUCCAGAAUGCUCCUGACAUCCUUCAAGUCAGUGCUCCGUUCGAGUUCUGCUAAAGACGCGCCCAAGGAUGCCGCAAGCAGUACCCCCACGGCUGAGGAUGAGGCAGAUCAUCUCUCGGAUGACGACCAGUAUGACGGUGAUGCCACAAUGUCUAAAACGCGAAAGAGGUACGCCGAUGAGCAGGACUAUGAUGGAGAGCAAGAGGAGAAAGAUGAGGUCCUUGAGGAGUUCGAUGAUGAAGGUUCUGAUGUUGAACAGAAUGAAAACGAAAAUGAAGAAGAAGCAGACGACUCUGACGAAGGUGAAGGUCACUCUGACAGUGAUAAUCUGAUGGAACAUUCAAAUGCCAAAGUGUCGUCUGCUAAAAAACGAAAGAGGAAGAAAGUUAAAGAGAUGGAUCACCGGAGAAUAAAUGGAGUAUUAAAUCUCGGAACGAUGGUUGAAGAUUACAAGUAUGAUGCAGAAAAUGAACUUUGGUGCGAGAUCACCUUCAAGGCUGACAUUCAAAAGGAGAAGGUUGAUAUGACUUCAUUACUUGAAGCAGCUGCAAGAAAGAUUGUAAUGUACGAAACUCCUCGCAUCACUCGCGGAAUUCUUAGCACGAGCCGGAAACCAGGGAGCGAGGGCCAAAUGAUAAUGAAGACAGAGGGCGUGAAUAUUCCGGCGGUGUUCCAAUACCGUGACUUAUUGGAUCUGAAUCAACUCUACUGUAAUGAAAUCCAUGCUAUAUACCACACUUACGGUAUCGAAGCUGCCUGCCGGGUCAUCAUCAAGGAAAUCAGAGAUGUGUUCGCUGCGUAUGGCAUCAAUGUCGACUACCGCCAUCUGUCCUUGAUCGCCGAUUACAUGACCUUUGAAGGUCAAUACAAGCCCUUUAAUCGGCACGGCAUUGAAUCGAAUGCCUCACCACUACAGAAGAUGACUUUUGAAACCACCAUGCACUUCUUGAGGGACGCUACAAUCUCUGGUGCACGUGAUAACCUCCAGUCACCAUCAGCAAGGAUAGUGACUGGACAGCCAGUCUACACUGGAACUGGAAGUUUUGAGGUCAUUGUGCCACUCGUCAAACCAAAGUGGUGAUCAAGUUUCUCCUUGGAUCUACAUGUAGUAUCAGCGUCUUCCAGUGAAGUUAUCAGCCCUCGAAGCGAUGGCAAAUAUCUUGAAACACUAUUGGGGAAAUGUUGCUUUUUGACCUGAUCAGCAUUUGCUAAGUUGGUCGCAUUCAUUUGUAAAUGUAUUGGAUAUUCCCGUACUCUUCCUGCGUCCUCCAUUACAUGUAUGUACACAUUCUUCAGUUUGACUUAAGUUUCCCCUUCCUGCAUGAGUAUUGAAAUAUAACCUUGCACAAAAUUGUGAAUAAAUAUCCUGAUACUGCAAAAUUUUCAUGGGCACUUUGUUUUUGCUGACUUUACAAACUAGAUUUGUUUAGCAAAAGUGAAAAGUCACGAAAAUAUCUUUUUCCUUUGAAAGAAUGAAAGAAAUUUCAUAAUCUGCCGCAUUGAAUAUGUUGUUUUAAAGAUAAAAAAAUAAAGAAGCACGAAAAUCAACUAGGCUUUGUAUGAACGAAAAUCAUGUUUUGUUUAAGGACAACUGUUGUAUUAAUCAUAAAAAAAGUUAAAGAGAAG